AUGUAUAAUAAUGAUAGUAAAACCAUUAGUGAUUGUUGUCAAAAUGAAAUUAAAAUUGAAAUCGAUGAGUCUGGUAGAACAAAAUCUUGUGAAGUUGAUAGGAUUAGGGUUAAAAGAAAUGAGCUUGUAAUAUUUGAACGUGGUGUAAAAGAUAAUGAUGACAAUGAUAAUAUAGAUAAGGUUGACAAAAUAAACUGUUGUAAUAAAGCAGGAGUUGACCAAGAUAAAAAUCAAAUUAGAACAGCGAAUGAUAAAAAAUCUGGUGAAGAUAAUCAUUGUGAUGAUGUUGGUCUUGUGAAGUUAUCUAAUAUAAAGCGAUGGAUUAAAGCUGAUAGUGAUAGAAUGUUAAUCAAAAAGGUGUUUGCUUUGUAUGAUUCCAGAGGUAGAUAUCAAUGCAUUAUGGAUCAUGAUGUUGAAGUAGUACUGGAAGAAAAUUUGAACAUUAGUGUU